UUAUAUUAAGGGGCACUCUGAUGGGUACAUUUAUAUUAAGGGGCACUCUGAUGGGUACAUUUAUAUUAAGGGGCACUCUGAUGGGUACAUUUAUAUUAAGGGGCACUCUGAUGGGUACAUGUUAUAUUAAGGGGCACUCUGAUGGGUACAUUUAUAUUAAGGGGCACUCUGAUGGGCACAUGUUAUGUUAAGGGGCACUCUGAUGGGGAAUAUGAUGUAAAGGGUCACUCUGAUGGGAAAUAUGAUGGAAAGGGGUACUUUGAGUGUAAGGGGGUACUCUGACGAGAAUAUCUGAUGUAAGGUGGCAUUGUGAUGGGGAUACCUGAUGUAAAGGGCCACUCUGAUGGUGACAUCUAGUGUAAGGGGGCACACUGAUGGGCACACCCUAU